GCACUGCUUGGUGUGAGGAGCAGAUGAGAGCACGUCAAUCAUCCGCGGGGACUCUGAGGUCUGACACCUGGAUCCUGUCAUCUCCUCCCCUGCCCAGGCCUCUUCACCAGGUCUGCAAAUUCGCCAACACUGGGUCCCUUCAUGUCCUGGCACCACUGAGCUCACAACGUCUCUGAGGAGUGGGGUUCAGACCACAAGGUGCAGACGAGCAAACAGAGGCUGAGAGACGGGACGUCACUGCUCAAGACAGAACCAGAGCCGGAGGAGGAGACUCUGCUCAAGUGAUCGAGGAGACCAAGGAGGAAGGAAGAAUUGGGGGCUUGUUCCCAGGAAGGGCAUUUAUCUGAAGCAUCUCCAGGACUGGUGACCCCUGUCCACACGGAGGAGCCACAGGGAUGUGCUGAUGGAUGGGCAGAGGAGGAAGGAGACACAAGGGGAGGCUCUGAGAGGAAGGACACACCCUGGUCACCUGUACCUGGAAGGGGCACCAGGUUUGUCAUGGACACAAGUGCCAGGCUCUCAGGAAGAGGCAGUUCCCCUUCCUGUGGGGCUUCGGACGUGACAGCCCCAUGACAAGGAGGACCAGCCUCCAAGGGGCCACACCCUGCAGUCUGUGUGUCCUGAGGGCGCCGGGCUCUCCUCCAGCUGCACAGCCUGGACCACGGGGAGGAGACGCCAUGACCCCCACACUCCCAGCCCUGCUCUGCCUCGGGCUGAGUGUGGGCCUGGGGACCCAGGUGCAGGCAGGGACCCUCCCCAAACCCACCCUCUGGGCUGAGCCAGGCCCUCUGGUCACCUGGUAUAGCCCUGUGACCAUCUGGUGUCAGGGGACCCUGGGGGCCCAGGAGUUCCUUCUGUAUACAGAGGGAAGCCCAACUCCCUGGUACCGACUGAGCCCACUGGAGGCUGGGGACAAGGCCAAGUUCUCCAUCCCGUACAUGACCCAGGACUACGCAGGGAGAUACCGCUGUUACUACAUCAGCCCCACUGGCAGGUCAGAGCCCAGUGAUGCGCUGGAGCUGGUGGUGACAGGAGCCUAUGAGAAACCUGCCCUCUCAGCCCUGCCCAGCCCUGUGGUGGCCUCAGGAGGGAACGUGACCCUCCAGUGUGGCUCAGGGCACGGAUAUGACAGGUUCAUUCUGACUAAGGAAGGAGAACACAAGUCCUUCUGGACUCUGGACACACAGAGAUACCCUAAUAGGCAGACCCGGGCCCUGUUUCCUAUGGGCCCCGUGACCCCCAGCCACAGGGGGACGUUCAGAUGCUAUGGCUCUUUCAGAGACAAACCCCAGGUGUGGUCACCCCCCAGUGACCCCCUGGAGCUCCUGGUCUCAGGGGGCUCUGGGAAGCCCUCCCUCCUGACCCCGCAGGGCCCUGUCGUGGCCUCUGGACAGAGCCUGACCCUCCAGUGUCGCUCUGCCAUCAGCUACGACAGGUUUGCUCUGGCCAAGGAGGGGGCACGGGUCCUCCGCCAGUGCCCUGCCUGGCAGCCCCAGGCUGGGCUCUCUCAGGCCCACUUCCCCCUGGGUUAGGAGAGGAACCUCCCCAGGGGCCGGUACAGAUGCUACAAUAGACACACCACUCCAUCUAGACAGAGUCUCUCCUGCCAAUGUCUCCAUCUCAGAAUCUGAGCCUCUGGAGUCCCAGCCUCCCCCUUCCCCACAGAUACUCUCCUGUAUAGACAAGCAUCCCCACCUGUGGGGACCACUCAGCAAGGCCCCCUCAUGCUGCUCUGUGCAUAUCUGAGACCAAGGAGGGAUGGUGCAGGGCUCACAGGAGUAACUCCAUGGAUGACCGCCCAGCGCACCUGUGGUGCACGGCUGUUUGCUUUGCACCUGUGCAUGUCUCUAUUGUUGCUCUUGGUUGGAGAACUUUGCAGCAACCUAAGUUUCCACAUGUCUGCAAAAAAAGAAAGAUGGUGGUGGGGCCUCUUUCCUCUGUCCUGCCAACCCUGUUCGGUCUCAAAGGUGCUAAGUGUCCACACGUCUGCUCCCCUUCUACUCUGCCUCCUCUCUAAACCCCACAAACUUGACCUGACUCCUAAGAACACACCAAGAACUUCCUGGAGAUCUGCCUCCUUAUUGCCUGUGUAUUUCUAGUAACUGACCCAAUCUGUGCUACAUGUAUGAAUUUCCUCUCUUUCUCCUCUGAGUAUCUGUAUAUAUAGAUACACACAUAUAUGUUAUAUACACGGGUAUGUAGGUGAAUUUUUUUAUAGGUGUAUACUUGCAUAUAGACAUAUUGACAUGUAACGUUAGCAUUUAACAGAUAUGUGCAUGCAUUUACUAUAUGUAUGAUAGGUAAUUUAUACAAUGUAAUAUAUGUAACACAUUAUAACAAAAAAAUGUCUAUAGGGAGUUCCCUUGUGGCACAGCAAGUUAAGGAUUUAGCAUUGUCACUACAGCGGCUUGGGUCACUGCCAUGGCAUGGGUUCAGUCCUUGGCCCAGGAACUUCCACAUGGCACAGGAGCAGCCAAAGCAAAAGUAUACAAAAAUAUAUCUUUUAUAUGUAGGUAAAUAAAACAUUAUAUAAAUACUACACUUAUUCUUCUACACACACAAUUUACAAAUAUUCACCCUUAAGUCCCCAUUUUUUCAUCUCCUGUGUUGUCAUGCUUGUUACUGAUCUUCCAUAUAUCUCAUGCUCCAAGAAGGCAGAAAUACGGUUUUUAUUACCUGUGAACAUUACAUCACCUUUAGGAAAUAUGGAUUUGCAAGGGUGUGUGUGCCCCACACUAAAUAUACCAAACUCUAUGAAGAAUAAUUUAAUCAAAAAAGAAUACAUGAACAAAAUGCUCCAGCAGCCCAGGGGAAACCCAGCAAAGUAGAGACAGGGUUCACUAAGGAACCGCGCAAAAGCUGUGCCAGGAGAACUGGGGACACUGAGAACACAGAACCUGGGGAAGGGCUGUGUGUCUCCAGCUCCUCACUCACAUCCCUACUUCAUGAUUCUCAGGACCAGCAGACACAAUCUGCCCAUCACAAAACCACUCAAAUCCCACGAGCGGUGAGGAGGAGGAAUCCUCAGUUAUGGGGCUGGGUUCUGGGGUGCAGGUCCCAUAAAGGGAGGCAGUGCCCAGGAUUCUGGGGGCGGGGACUGGGAUCUGCCCUGACCUCUGCGACCUCUCUGUCCACAACCCCUACCCUCUCCCCCCCAAGACUACACAGUGGAGAACCUUGUCCGGAUGGCCGUGGCUGGCCUGAUCCUGCUGGGCCUCGGGAUUCUGCUCUUCCAGGCUCAACACAGCUAUGGAGGAACACAAGAUGCGGCCAGGAGCUCAGAACAGAAGCAACAGGGCACC